AUGUUGGUGGCUCGAGAGUAUUUCAACAAUGUAUCUCUUGUCAAACACUAUCAUACAGCAGGACACGCUAGCUUAGCAUACAUAACCAUUAAAAAGUCAAAUACUGACUUUCUGCGUCACUUUCUACUGAAAAGACAAUAUCGAGUGGAAAUUUACACAGCAGCCACCAAAUCUGGCCGGGAUAACGAAUGGACAUUGAAACUGACGGCAUCCCCGGGAAAUCUGCAACAGUUAGAAGACAUUCUACUGGAAAGUCAAUCGGCUGUGGAAUUCACAGGGAUAACUUCGAUCUUUCUGAAGUGGACUGAUGACCAGCUGGUUGUCUCUUUGGCCUUCUGUGACAAAGAGAGCAGACGUUUUGUUGUUGGUGAAUUCGUCGAUUCUAUCCAUCUGGCUAACCUAGAGACUGCUCUCGUCCAGUUGGAAUCUCGUGAAUGCCUUAUUCCAGUUGGUUUGUUGGGUGCAUCCAAUGGUGCUUCCAAGACAAAAGGCAUGGAUCCCACUGUGACAGAACAUCUAAACAUGAUUUUCCAACGAGCCGGCUUCCUUGCCACGGAAGUGGAAAAGAAUAAUUUCGCUCUUCAAGAUGUGACGCAGGACUUAAACUACUUGCUUCGGCGUCCCAAGGGUAUCCAGACUACAGGAAUCAGUCAAGACAACAAAGCUUUGGAGCACAAGCAAGGGUUGGCCUGCCUUGGAGCCAUCAUCAAAUACUUAGAUCUUAAAGCGGAUGACUCCAAUGCCGGGGUUUUCUCCUUGGAGCCUUUCAGUCUGGACAAUUUCGUUCGAUUGGAUAGUGCCGCGACCCGUGCGUUGCAUUUACUCCCUGGCCCCGAUGAUAAGAAUCGUUACCAAAGUGUUUACGGUGUGCUGAAUAACUGCCGAACACAGCAAGGACAACGUCUACUUGCACAAUGGUUACGACAACCGCUUACUGACGUCAAUAAAAUCAAUGAACGUUUAGAUAUGGUCGAGGCGAUGGUUGAAGAGACUGGAGUUCGCCAGUCCUUACACGAUGACUUUUUGCGCCGGAUGCCUGACUUUCAACGAAUUGGUCGGAAACUUCAGCGUAAACAAGGGUGCGGGCUACAGGCAAGUCGUUUAAAGCCAACUCUUUGUCAAGGUGUGGAUAACGCUCCGAACAGUAGCUGCGAUGGACAAACCGUAGAUGAUCUGUUCUGGUGGGUGUUCUCUCCAGAUGAGGGAAACAUUUUCAGUGUUCAUCUUGAAAUUCAUAUUCCCGGCACGCUGUUGGCGUUUUCGUCUGAGCUCUUCCUCGUGGAUAUGAAACGUAGGCAACUGAAUAUGCUGCACCAGGUCGCCUCCUGUUUCAGUCGCUACGAUAUUCGAGAUAUCAGAAGCAUUGAUGUGUAUCGAAUCUACCAAGCUAUUGCUCGCCUACAGAACGCUAUCAGUUUGCUCCGUCAGUGUGGUGGUCAGACUUCGUUAGCUGUCCAGAACUACUUGAUAGAACCGCUUCAGGUGAGUGCUUUCCUUCCGAGCCCAUUGCGUAUCAGUGGUUUCCAACAGUUAACUAAUGUCGAUUGCGUGGUCUAUGACUGUGGGUUAUUCGGUGUGGUCACAAUGUUGGUUCUGCUGGAGCACAAGCCGGCUGCGGGAAUAUCACAGUCCACUGUGCCUCUUAAUCUUUGGGGACUACAUCUGUCCUCCCCUGACUUUGGAAAUGUCUUGUGUGAAUUCCAGGUUGCUGUGGAGAAUUUCUCCAAGUUCCAAGAAAUGGUUCAGUCAACAAUUGAUCUGGAAAUGAUACAACGACGUAAUGAAUACAUUAUUCGGUCUGAUUUUGAUGAUGAGCUUGGAGAGCUGAAGUCCAAGUUGGACAAGCUUGAAGAAUCGAUUGAAGAUGAGUUUAGAGGAUUUACACCUUAUACAGGUCUGCUUGAGACUCUUCUCACUACAUUCAUCCCUAACUCUGUCAUCUGUGUGCAGUCGGCUCGUAAACUGAACUUGGAACCUGGCAAGUCCGUCAAACUGGAUAGCAACGAACAGCUGGGUUAUUUCAUGCGUGUCACUCUCAAAGAAGAAAAAACGCUCAGGGAGUUCAAAUCAUUUGAAGUUCUCGAUGCGCAAAAAGGUGGUGUUCGUUUUCGCAACUCCACCAUGUCUCAGCUGAACUCUAGCCACCUCGAAAUGAAGCAGGAGUAUGCGGCUGCUCAGCAGACCAUUGUGGAUGAGGUGAUACGAAUCACAGGUAAACAGAUUUUCUUGGUAAUUACGGGUCCGAACAUGGGUGGAAAAUCCACUUACAUCCGAAGCGUCGGUGUUAUCACUGCGAUGGCUCAAAUUGGCAGUUUUGUGCCCUGUUCGUUUGCUGAACUAUUUCCUGUGGAUGCAGUGAUGGCACGCGUUGGGGCAGCCGAUUGUCAGAUUCGAGGGGUGUCAACGUUUAUGGCGGAGAUGCUGGAAACUUCUUCAGUCUUACGAGCAGCCACCCCGAAUUCCUUGGUUAUAAUCGACGAACUGGGCCGCGGAACGUCUACCUUUGAUGGCUUCGGUCUGGCUUGGGCUGUAGCUUCGCAUCUAGCAGGACCACAGCUGGGUUGUUUGAGUUUGUUUGCCACGCAUUUCCACGAGUUGACCAUUCUGGCUCAUCAUAUGCCCGGUCGUGUAUCCAACCUGCGUGUCACCGCUCACGUGUCUCCAGGAGGCAGCGCUGACUCCAUAAACGGUUCAGGUGUUGUAAUGCUGUACAAGGUUGAACCAGGUAUUUGCACUCGUAGCUAUGGCUUAGAUGUUGCAAAGCUUGUUGGCCUCCCUGACAAAGUGCUUACCGAAGCCGAACACAAAGCUGCCCGUGACGAGCAGUUGGAAUCUUUGUGGCUAACUUUGGACGGGAAAUACCGCAUGGACAGUGAUGGCGAUCCUGCCUCCAAACGUAUACGUUGGGACAGCGAUGUAUCUGAGGCUCAUGCAUCAGCGGCUGUUGUAAUUGCCGACCAGUUACGCGGGCAACUCCUACGCAUUUUGGACGAUGCUACUGGCAAUGGGCAGAAUGCAACACCUGAUGAUGUCAAUAAGUUCGGGGCUCAUUUGGCCCAGAUAACAAAGGCUCUUCUCAACAACUCCGACUCCAAUCUACCUCAAGAAUUAUUAUUGCUCGCCAAAUGAAGUGAUGAUAUGCCUGUGGGCAUGAGAGUAUCUUUAUAUUAUUAUCAUCAGAGGUAUUUAUUCACACGUUUGUAAUAAGUGUCAUUUUAUUACCAGAGUCUUGUUGUG